AUGACGAUUCGACGUCAUCCACCUCACGCCCACGCUUCCGCUUCGCACCGCCGACGCGUCGCCGUUCGAGCGCUCGAGGACCCACCCGAGGUGGAGCAAUGGCAACUGUGGUUCGGUUUCAUCGCCGGUCUCUCCCCGUUCGCGAUCGCGGCGUACGAGUUCGGGAAGAGAGUGUUGAUUCAAAAGCGGUGCGCGCGAUGCGCGGGCGCGGGCUUGGUCGUCCUGGGCGACGACGGGCGAAAGGUCAAGUGUCCGGCGUGCGGUGGAUUCUUACCGUGGGAAUCGUGGGAGCGAUUCCUCACGAGUGAGGUCGGGAACGGUGGGGUGGUGCGAGCGCCGAAGGGACAGACGAGCGCGUUUUACAGCGUCGAGAAAGCCGUCGAGGCGAGCGAGCGCAUGGUUCGCGACGACGCGCGCGAGCGGGCGCGCGAGCGCGAGGACGCGUAG